AUGAUUGUUACGAGAAAUUAUGUCAGAGAAGACGACGAUUAUGCACCCUCUGAUAAUGAUGAAAUUUUAGUUUCAGAAGAGGAAGAUUCUGGUGAUGAAUACGUCGUAGAAAAGAUUUUAGAACAUCGAAUGAAAAAAGUUGGACUUCAUAAAAUAUGUGGAAUCACGCAGUUUUAUCUUAAGUGGAAAGGGUUUCCUGAAGAAGAUAAUACAUGGGAAAAUGAAUCAGAUAUUUUUGCAAAAGAACUUAUUGAAGAAUAUUGGGAAAGGAAAAAUGAAGAGAGUAAAUCAAAAAAAGAAGAAAAUUUUGAUAAAAUUUCAAAGAAACUGAAUAUGAUAACAAAUCACCAAGAUAAACUACGUAAACGUAAACUCAGCGAAUCAUUUAUUGAAGAACCAGAUUUUUCUUUACUUGAAGAUUAUCCUCCACCAAGUCUUACUAAUUGGGAAGAAGCUGUUGAUGAUGUUGAAACUGUUGAAAGAGAUUCUGAAGAUAAUGACGCGAUUUUGGUCUAUUUAAAUUGGAAAAAUGGUCAUAGAACAAGACAUCCAGCUUCUAUCGCUAAUUUAAUGUGUCCUCAAAAGAUAAUUCGUUUUUAUGAGAAGAAUUUGAAAUUUAAAAAUCUAGAAGACUGA